UGAAGUUUGAAGUUAAAACUAACCUAAUUCAUUGAAAAUCUUAUUGUUUUCAUAUUAUUAUUUAGAUGAUUUUAUUUUAGCCUAUAACAGAAAAUAAUAAUACAACAGCAUGUUUGGUGUACGAUUAGCCUUAUCUAAAACAAUAGCCACAGGGCCAAAUUUACUACAUCAGCAGACACGGAAUACAUUUGUAUUAAAAAGAAAAUGGCCCCCUCCAUUACAUAAAAAAGGUGGUAAACCAUCAAAACUACGAGCCAGACAUUUUGUUUAUGAUUUAAUUGAAGACAAGAGUGUGACGAAGAAGCCAGAUUUAAAAAUAAUUUUGAAUCAAUUUGUUGAUGGUGUGGGUAACCAGGGUGAUGUGCUCACACUACGUCCAACAAUAGCUUAUAGAGAUUUUCUUCUACCGGGUCUAGCUGUAUAUGCUAAUCCAGAGAAUUUGGAAAAAUAUCAAGUUGAUGAAAGUAAACCAAAAGAGGCAUCUAAAUACAGUUCCCCAUAUGUCCAGAGAACAAUGGGAUGUUUAUCACGUCUUGUAUUACAAAUAAUAAUGAGUAAAACAGAACCAUGGACAUUACAACCUUGGCACAUUAGGGCAAGCUUCCGAAAAGCAUGCUAUGUUGUACCUGAACAUGCUAUAAUAAUGCCACCCGUCACAAUAAAGGGACCAGACCUAUCUUUACAGGAGAAAGAAUUUUAUGUGACUGUUAAAAUUAAUAAUAAAGAGGAAGUCAAUGUGAGGUGCAGAAUUCACCAUUGGGCCACAGGCUUGGAGAGAUUACCAUGGGUUAAAGAUCACUGGAAGAAGCCCUUUGAAGCUCUUAUUCCAGAACAAGCUUCUGUUUUAGAAAACCUGCCACUACCUAAAUAGUAAUAUAUAGAUUGGCAGUCAAUUAACAUAAUUUACAAAUCAAUAAAAUAGCUUAAAUAUU